AUGGCCGGCGUGCAGGUCCCCGUUCUGCUGUCCCUUCAUCCUCGUCCUCUCUGCCCCACACUCACUGGCCGUGUCUUGCAGGUGGCUCUUCGCAUCCGACCCAUGAGUGUGGCUGAACUGCAGAGGGGUGCCAGGCCCAUUGCCCACCGCCUGGAUGAGCAGGUUGUGGUGCUGCGAGACCCCAUGCAGAACUCUGAUAACGUCCUGCAUGCCAGCCGCUCCCGGGAGAAAUCCUACGUCUUUGAUGCAGCCUUUGACUCCACAUCCACCCAGGAGACCGUGUACCGUGCCACCACCAGAGGCCUCAUUGCGAGUGUCAUCUCCGGCUGCAAUGCCACCAUCUUUGCCUAUGGCCCCACCGGCUGCGGGAAGACCUACACCAUGCUCGGCACCAACAGCGAGCCUGGCAUCUGUGCCCGCGCUCUGGGUGACCUCUUCCAUGCCAUCGAGGAGUGCAGCAGUGAUGCAGAGCAUGAGGUCUCCAUGUCCUACCUAGAGAUCUACAAUGAGGUGAUUCGGGACCUGCUGAGCCCCUCACCGCACUCCCUGCAGCUGUGGGAGGAUUCCCGUGGCACCGUCCGAGUGGUCGGCAUCACCGAGCUGUCAGCCAGCAGCACCGAGGAGGUCCUACGGCUGCUGCUGAGGGGGAAUCAGCAGCGGACACAAGAGCCCACAGCUGCCAACCACACGUCGUCACGCUCCCACGCCGUGCUGCAGGUCAGCGCGCGGGGACGGGGACUGCGCUGCGGGCGGCUCCAACUGAUCGACCUGGCAGGCUCCGAGCGGGCGGCUUGGACACGGAACCGUGGGCAGAGGAUGAAGGAGGGAGCGCACAUCAACAGGUCACUGCUGGCUCUGGGCAACUGCAUCAAGGCGCUGAGCAAGCCGGCGGGCAGCGCGCACGUCAACUACCGUGACAGCAAGCUGACCCGACUGCUGAAGGACUCGCUCGGGGGUAACAGCCACACUGUGAUGAUCGCCCACAUCAGCCCAGCCAGCACUGCCUUUGAGGAGUCCCGCAGCACGCUCAGCUACGCCCAGCGCGCCAAAAGCAUCCGCCCCACGGUGAAGCACAACCUGCUCAGCAGCUCACCCCAUGGCAGAAUUGUGGCCAACCUGCGUGGGGACAUCCAGCACCUCAAGCACCAGCUGUACACCGCAACAGGGCCAGGCAAGCACCGUGCCAUCCACUACACCCAGGGUAUGCCUGACCCCACUGUCCAGCUGCGGGACAAGCUGCUCAAUGCCUGCCGUGAGCAGGCGGCCCUGUGCCAGCACCUGGUUCAGCUGGAGGGCACAGCACUGCACACCCGGCUGGCAGCUGCCCGGCACCUCCGCAUACUCACUCGCUGGAAGAGGAGAGCAUGGCGCUGGGGCAAGGAGGGGCAAGGGAAGCCAGGAGGGCCCAGUGAGAGCAGGAGGAACAUGGACACGGAUGUGCCAGAACCAGCCAGCGUGAUCGCAGCACGGGAGAGCUUCAUGGCACUGGUGGAGAAGCAGGGCAGACUCCAGGAGCAGAAGGCAGAGCUGGAGCGGCGCUUCCAGCAGAGCCAGCAGCACACCCGGCGGCUGGAGGAAGCUGUGCAGCGCAGGAGCAGCUCUGUGCAGCAGCAGGAGCUGCUGGCCCUGCUGUGCCGCCUGCACCAGCUGCAGCUGCACAACGCAGAGCUGCGCUCCCACUCCCUGCUCCAGGGUGGCUCUCGGCACUUCCCAGCCACUGCCGUGCAACCCUUCAACCAGCACCGGGCUCCCCGCGCCGCAGAGGUGAGCACAGCACACCCACAGGACCAGGCUCAGGCGAGUGGCUGUGCUGCGGUGACGGAGCUGCCGCGCCGUGGAGGAGACACUGAGCAGCGCCAAAAUCACCGUGGGCACGGCCAAGCCGUGUCAGUCCCGCGUGCCACAUGCCCCCGAACUGAGGCAUGUUGCCAGCAGGGACAGCCUGGAGGGAGCAGCCACCCUCCUGGGGGCCGUGCAGCCCGACUCCUCCCCACGCGCCUGACUGUGAGCGUGCAAAAAGCUGGAGGAGAGGGAAGAGCCGCUGGAUGCCAAAAGGAGAAAGAAGCAGCUGCUGCCUUUCGAGGUCGCCAACCACGGGGUAGGUGGCAGCAGCACCGCACCCUGAUGAGCGCACCGGGAGACACGUUGCUGUCCAUCUCCCCCGCUGCAGGCAGGGCCAGCACCCACCGCUCAGCUGCGUCGUGGCCAUCGGCCCAAGGACCUCCAGCAAGGACAGGUGGAACCCCCAGUGCUGAGCCGAGCUCCCUGCUGAAGCACAGCCAUCCCCGUGCCAAGCAGUGGGCUGAGCACCCAUCCUGCCCAGCUCAGCGCCUCACGUAGCCCACAGUGCCAGCCCUGCUGGGGCCGGUUGACCAAACCUCCCCGUGGGACACACGCAGCUGUGCUGGGCAGUGACUGUGCUGCUGCUCAGCACCUCCGUG